AGACACGAGCCAUCAGGGCCUUCCCUAACAAACAGGGCUAUGUCCUGAGCUCCAUAGAAGGACGUGUUGCUGUGGAGUACCUGGACCCCAGCCAGGAAAUGCAGAAGAAGAAGUACGCCUUCAAGUGCCACCGGCUGAAGGAGAACGGCAUAGAACAGGUCUAUCCUGUCAACGCCAUCUCCUUCCACGGGGUCCACAACACCUUCGCUACAGGUGGCUCAGACGGCUUUGUGAACAUCUGGGACCCUUUCAACAAGAAGCGUCUGUGUCAGUUUCACCGCUACCCCACGUCUAUCGCCUCCUUGGCCUUCAGUAACGACGGCUCCACGCUGGCCAUCGCCUCCUCUUACAUGCAGGAGCAGGGAGACAUCAGCCACCCGGAGGACACCGUCUUCAUCCGUCAGGUCACAGACGCAGAGACGAAGCCCAAGUGAGUCGGGACGGUCCUCCUGUCUGAUUCACACCAUGGGGCCCGGUCUGAUUCUGAACAUCCAGUCCACAUCCCUGUGGUCUUGUAUGGACCGCACCGCCACACUGCCCCUCACACUUGUUUUGGUACAUAUGAAUGGCAGCAUUGACCAGGAGCAGGCAGCUGGUAUUUUACCUGGCCAUCUAGCUCGCUCUCUCUCUCUAGCUCUCUCCAACUUUCAAUAUCCCC